GCAUACCCCAUUCCCCUUUCUUUUCUGCCCGACCCGCUCACCUCGCCUAAGCUAGGGUUUUCUUCUCCAGCUCCACCUUCGAACGCGCGGCCGCGCGGGCAGCCAUGGCGAUGAUGGCCCAGGCGGGCUUCAGCCUCACCCGUGUUAUCCUCCUCGUCGGCACGGGCGUGGCCGGGUCCGUCGUCCUCCGCAACGGCCGUCUCUCCGAGAUCCUCGGCGAGCUGCAGGAGUUGCUGGAGAAGGGUGGGAACGGGAAGGGAGGAGGUGGGGGUGUGGACCUCGGCAUCAACAACGCGCUCAACGAGGUACGCCUCCUAACUAUGCAGGUGCGAGAGCUAGGUUCUCAACGUUCCAUAACUGUUCUCAAUGGAGGUUCUGGACAAGCAGGGGUAUCAGGCCUGAUAGUACCUGCAGCAACUGUUGGAGCACUGGGUUAUGGUUACAUGUGGUGGAAAGGCAUCUCCUUUGCGGACCUAAUGUAUGUGACCAAGCAAAACAUGGCAAACGUUGUUUCUAGUAUGACUAAGCAUCUGGAGCAAGUUCAGAGCUCUCUUGCUGCUGCUAAAAAGCAUUUGACACAGCGCAUUGAGAAGUUGGAUGAUAAGUUGGAUCAGCAGAAGGCGCUUUCUGGGCAAAUAAAAGAUGAUGUUACUGGUGCACGACUGAAGCUUGAAAAUAUAGGUUCAGAAAUUAAGAACAUCAAAGAAUUGGUCUGGGGUCUGGACGAGAAGAUGGAUUCAAUGGAAGCCAAACAGAAUUUUUCAUGCGCCGGUGUGAUGUACCUCUGCCAAUUCAUAGAGCAAAGUGGUGGGAAGCUCCCAGAACGCCUGGAGGGCUUAAAACCGUCUGGGAAGCGUUUUAAUGGCUUACAGGGGUUGCAACUGGCCAUAGAGUCAGGGGAUUAUAGUGGCUUCGCCAAUGAUGCUUCUGCUGAGAAGCUAAGCAGGUCCACGUCGGUGAAGUCUGUCAGUUAAAUUUCCUCAGGGUAAGCGAGAGACAUCCAUCCAGAUUCUUUGCUCCAUAGAAACGUUGUAAAGGGAAAUCCUUACUGGUUAAAAUGUAAAGAGCUCCAGCCUUUUUGUUAUAUUUGCUAGCAGGAAGUGCUGUUUGUUAAAUUUGAAUGUGUGCGAUACUAAGAGCAGGAAAUUUUUAGACCAGACGCUAUUCUGGCAUCACUUGUGCCAUUGGGUUUCUUUUUGGCAACACUUUAGCCGUAAAUAAACGGACGACCCUUUGGUAAUUGUUGGGUUUUGUAACGACUUUAAAAACAAUUACCCUUUGCUGUUUAUUUCUC